AUCCAAUGGGAAUUCAUAUGCAAUCCAUGAUGAUUAGUUUAUGGCCACAUUGCCAGCCAUGGGCAUAUGUCAACCUCCUAACUUUCUCCACCCUCUCCUCCCCUUGCCUUGUCUUGUUGACAUAGCAUCCCAUCCCCUUCCUCCUCCUCCUCCUUCCUCUUCCUCUCUGUGGUGGAGGUGGUGGUUCUGCUGCUGCUGCUGUGGUGUCUUCCUGUCCGUCUGUCAUUAGCAUCACAUCAUAUCCUUCACAGGCAGCAAAGCACAGCACAGAGCGGCAGUCGCAGCUGCAGCGCCAUCCCUUCCCUUCUCCUCAAGCAUCACCAGCUAUACUACCUUUCCUUUCUUUGUCAAUCCUUCUCCCUCCGAUCCAUCGAGGGUCGGGCGCGCCAUGGGCGGCAGCGGCUUCGGCGUCCAAGAAGAGGAGGCAGGAACGCCGCCGCCGGCCAUGGUGGUGCCGCCGGUGCUGGUGAAGGGAAAGCGAAGCAAGAGGCAGCGGGUGCACGCGCCGCCGGUCGUGGCGGCGCCGGCGCCCGAGUGGUCGUCGUCCGCGGCGUCGGCUGCCACGGCGCCAGCCGGGGGAGGCGGGGAGGACUCGGUCGUGUCGGGGUCAGGGACUACCACCACCACCACGUCGCCGUCCGUCGCCGCGGACGAGGCCGCGUCCGCGUCCGCGUCCGCCGGGUGCUGCGGCGGUCUCACCGAGGAGGACGAGGCCAUGGCGCUCUGCCUCAUGCUCCUCGCGCACGGCGAGCCUGCUACGGCGAAGGACACCAAGGACGGUGGCCACGGGACGACAGCGGCGGCGGUGGCUAAGGACAAGGAGGCCAGCAGCAGGUUCAGGAGCCGCCGCCCGGCUGCUCCCGGCGACGGCGGCGCUGCUGCCUCCGGCGAGUACGUGUACGAGUGCAAGACGUGCAACAAGUGCUUCUCGUCUUUCCAGGCGCUCGGUGGCCACCGCACCAGCCACAAGAAGCCACGCCUGCUGCUUCCUCCGGUGCCGCCGCCGCCGCCAUCAUCCCAGCCGCCCCAGGAAAAGGACCACCUGGUUCUGGCCCCUGCCCCUGCAGCGGCGGAGCCAACUGAUGCGCCGUCACCGCCGCCAACGACUCCGGCCCCGGCCCCGGCGGAAGGGACCGCCGAUGCAACAGUGCUCCUCGCGAUCCCGAUUGCCACGGCGCCAAAGCAAGAACGACAGGACGCGGGCGCCGCCGUUCCCGUCGCCAUCGCCGUGGCCACGAGCAGCGGCGGCGGCGGCGGCUCCAAGCAUCAUCAACACCCGCGGGUCCACGAGUGCUCCAUCUGCGGCGCCGAGUUCGGGUCCGGGCAGGCGCUGGGCGGCCACAUGCGGCGGCACCGCCCGCUGGUGCCGGCGGCCGCGCGGGACCGUGACCGGGACGACGCGCACGGGUCCGCCAAGAAGGAGAAGAGCCUCCUGGAGCUGGACCUCAACAUGCCCGCGCCCUGCGACGAGGCCGAGACGCCGGCGGCGCUCACGUCCCCACGCUUCGCUUUCGCCGCCGUCGCUGAGCGGCCUCCGGCGCCUCUGCUCUUCCCGCCGGCCACGCCGUCCGCCCUGGUUGACUGCCAUUACUAGUAACACACAACGCAACACACCAAUUAGCUCCCUCCUCUGCUUCUCAUCAACAUCAUACAUAAUUAAUUACAACUGCAUACAUACAUACAUACAUACAUACAUAAUCUCCUUGCUGUCAAAUAUUUUUUCUUCUUUUCUUGGGCUAUUUUCAUUACAUUAUUUGUUCAUGUUCAUCAAGAUGAUUGGGAAUUUGGAAAAGGGAGAUGUGAAUUACCGGUACAGAAACAGAGAUAUGUUUGAGAUUUGACCCCUGUGUGAUCAAAAUUCUAUUAAUUCAUUCAUUAAUUUAGAAACUGUUCUUCUUCUUGUUGUUUUUCCCAUUUCCUUGAUGAGUGUAUAUAUCAUCUCAAUGUUUCCUCU